AUGGCUUCGAGGCCUGUGCUUGCGCCACCUCCUGGUGAGAACGAUGUCCCUGACCUUGAUACCUGGCUCGGCGAUGAUUUCUUUAGCCUGCAAGCCAGUGAAAUGAGGCAGCAUCGGGGUGCAUCGACCGGAGAGCUUCCUGGACAGGACAUGCAUGCGCAAGGCCAGCCUCAUGUUCCCAAUGGUCUUCCAGAUGCUGCUCUUCGAGGCCCUGCUCGUGACCGGGCAUUUCCACGGUUUCCACAGUUCCAACGUGUUCCUCAACCACCACAACACCCUACCUACUACCCUGAGUACGAAGAGCUGUGGGUGUGCAAGCAGUGUGCUAGUACCGAUUGUGCUUGGGAUCGUUGGCGUGACAACUGGUUUUGCCUUCAGUGUGGUUCCAGUGAGCUGUAUGAUGCCAACCAGCCGGCGACACUUGAGACUGAGCAAGGAGUGUGGACUUACAGACCGCACAGGACUGGGAGUGCUGCCGCUUCUCCGAGUUCUUCGGUGUCUUCGGUCUCGCCGCUAAGGCGGGGAAAAGGACGUGGAACUCAACGGCGGCACCCUGGCGAUCCUUCUGACAGUGGAGAUGGAGACGAAGGCAGAGCCGAGAGCGAGGCGCCGACCAACGACCCCGUGGUGACGCCCAGCUCUGCCAGCUCCGUGACCGGGAAGAGCGAGGCCAGGGCCAACGACUAUCUGAGUCGCAGGCAACGGAGAGCACAGAGAGCCCAAUCACUUCGCACACCUCAGGCUGCCCAGACCGAUGCUGAGGAAGACAGGCAACCUGUGGGUGAUUCGAGCGUGUUGCGCGGCCUACGCCAGGCCCUUCGCAACAAGAGCCACUCCGACACAGAUUCCUGGAAUAGCAAGAAGGGGCCCGAGCGCGGCAUUAAGUGGCGCGGCGGAGCCCCACCACCACCUCCAAAGUGGACCUAUGCCAAGGACGACCUUCGAGCUUUCACGAAGUUCGAGCGCAAGGUGAGUAUAUGGCAGAUCCAGGUCAAGCCGUAUAUGUCCGAGGCCGAGUCUGCUUUGGCCUUGUAUUGCAGCCUGACCGGAGAGGCCGAAGAGGAGCUGGAACACAUCGACAUCAAGAAGCUCAACAGCAAGGACGGUGUGACCUUUCUUUUGAACCAGCUUCGUGGGCCACUUCAGGCUAAGGAGAUCUACCUCAAGAGGAAGUACCUUUCCGACUAUGAGACGAUCGGCCGGCUGCCGGCCGAAGGGAUCAGGACCUAUGUGAAUCGCUACCAUAGGGCAGAGAAGGCCCUGAUGAGUAUCGGGAUAGAUGUGGGCCUGACCUAUGACGCCGAGAGCCGGGGCUCUAGACUUCUCGAUAGAGCCAAGCUGUCUUCAGAACAACAAAGGAUGAUAUUGGUGGGGACCAACCAGAGCCUCUCCUUCGACGAUGUCAAGAAUGCCAUGCUGCUCCAGUACCCGGACCAUAAGCCGGCCCCCUUCCUCCAGGGCCAUAUGAACAACAGCGGGCGUGAUCACGGCCACCCUGGUGGGAACAGACAGGCCUCCGAAGGGCCCGGGGAAAGGCAAGCCAAUGAACAAAGGAGGAGCCAGCUCGAGUGGAACGAGUUCGGGACCACCGUUUCCCCGGGCGAGGAAGGUGCCGAGGAUGAGUACCACACGGCCCUCCAGGCGAUCAGGGAAGAGGACGCCGACUACCCCGACCAGGCCGACGACGGCGACGGCGAGGAGCCAGACGACGGCGAUGAAGAGCUUCUUCCUGACGACGACCAAGGCGAGGAGAGCGUCGAGAGCUUGAUGCAGGUCCUUACCGUGACGAGCAAAAAGUUGCAGGCGAUGACCCAGGGGAGGAAAUACCGCGGGGCACCGCGGAAGACCAUAGAGGAGAGGAAGAAAACCUCUUCGUGCAGCGCGUGCGGGCAGACCGGGCAUUGGGCAGGAGAUAGUGAGUGCGCCAUGUCAGGCAAAGGAGCCAAAGCUGGCAACAAGGGCAAAAGUUCCCCCGACAAUGCCAACACCAAGGGCGCUGCGAUGCAAAAGGUGUUUUCAGUCCGACACUCUGGCGGCCAAGAGACACUCUAUGAGCUAGAUGCCCGACAGCCAGCCACUGCUGCAGGCAAUACCGGCGAGACCAUCAGCCGGGUCCACAGCACACUCGUGGUGUUUCAGUCGUCAGAGUACAUGUGCAUGGCCAACGUCACAGAGUUGCAGGGCUACUGUGUUGUGGAUACAGCGUGCCAGCGGUCAUGUUGCAGCAGUGCGUGGAGCGACUGUCACAAAGAGCUUCUUUCGAGUUUUGGUCUUAAGAUGCUAUGUGCUCGCCGCCACGAGGCCUUCCAGUUCGGAGCCGGCCCACCGCAGAGGUCGGAUACUUGCGUUUAUUUUCCGGUGGCCUUUGACGCAAGCUACCCGAUGAUAGCCCUCAGCGCUUCCGUCUUGGACAACCUCUCGAUUCCCUUCUUGGCAAGCCUCAGCUUACUUAAAAAAUUGGGCAUAGUUCUCGAUUUGGCACAGCACAAGGCCUAUAUCGGACUCCUCGGGUGCACGGUCGACCUGCACCUCCUUCAAGGCCAUCUGUGCAUGAAGAUUUCAGAGUAUCCUGCUAGUGUGCUGGACUUUGCGUGGGAAGAGCAGGACUAUCAUGAUUGCGCAUGA